CUACUACUAUGUAUUGAGAAUAUCCCCUUAAUAGGAAAAAAACAAGGCUUUUUGACGAUAAUUGUCAAAAAAAUUAUACCUUUUUGCAAUUCUUUCUGAAAAAGCGAAGCUCAUUUUUUUGAAUUUUCCAAUAACUAACAGUGAACAAAUCGUGAUCAUUCUAUAUAUUAGCUAAUGAAUUUUUAAAAUGUACAUUUAGGUUUUGAAGAAUCGCGCAGUAUGCGCGAUUAACGGGUUGGCUAGUUAAUAUUAGUUUUGGGACUUAUUUUGACCAUUUUUAUUGAUCAAGUACGUACUUUUUUUUAACCCUUAAAGACCCAGGCUAAUCCUGAGAUGUUGUGUGAAAAUGCUUUCAAUUUCCUGAAUUAGAUCAUCACAAGCAUCACUUUAACCCACAGUUUGCUCCCCAGCCCCUUAAAGCCGUCUCGUAAAAGCCGUACCAAUUUAUUUAAUUUUCCUUGAAAACCGAGAAAGCAAAAACCCCAAUGAGGUCAAUCAUGGAAUUGAAUGAUAUAGUAUCAUUAUGUGUACUGAAUGAGUGAAAGCAUAUCCCCAAAGAACAUCCCACCCCUUUUUGGGGGGCAAAUUUUCAAAAAAGUUGGGAUAAAAAAAUUGGACCCAUGCUCCAUUUUUGGAUAAACAUAUUGAUGGUAGACCCUUCACAAAAUGAAAUCAUGAAAGGUGUGAAAAUGGUGGACCAGAGCGAUUUUUUGAAAAUUUUAUUCGCUUGUCUCGAUAAAAACCCGAAAAAACAGAGCAUGAAUACGCAAAGUACAUAAUAUGGGAAAUAUUAUCAAGUAGGCUUGAAAUGACAGAAACAAGAAUUGAAAGGAACACAGAUGCUUUUAACAGCACAUAAGUUCAGAUAAUCUACAAUCCACCCAUCAAAUCUGUUUAUCACUCCAUGGAUAUUCUUUCUCGAUAUUUGUCACCAAAUAGUUACAUCCUACAAAGGUUAGCAGUACAAUUGUUUUUCUGCAGAAAUAUCGAAAUAGGUUUAUCAACCACUUUGAAAAGCUUUACACAGUCAAAUUGCAGCACUCCCUGGCAUUUCAUAAUGUUCAAGCAUUCAUGAAGAAGUCACUAUCCCUUCCCGAUCAUAGAUAAUGUAGUUCUACAUCAUGAAAAUUGCACGAGCACAAGUCGUCGUUUACAAUCAUGAGAUUGUGUCUAGCUUAUGACUACAGGAUUGGCGAGUCCGCUACCAAAGUACGCGCUCUACAGGUCGUGGUUGCAGACUGUUGGUUAUGGGAUAUGAUAAAAUAAACAUUAUGAUAACAAUGGGUUAAUGAAUUAGAAAUCACUUCAAUUAUUAAUAUUUGCGGUUGUGUUGUAUUUAAUUUUACCUUUAACGCUGAAAAUGGACGAUCACAUUGGUUGUGCAACAUUAUCUGAAGAGAAAGCUGCAAAGAAGCGCAGUAAAUCGAAUGUACAAUGUUCUGUUUUUGGUUGUCAAGGCCGGUCCAAUGUUGGCUUAUAUAAAUUACCCGAUGCUGUGAAAGACCCUAUUCGUAGAAAUAAAUGGAUUAUUGCUUUGAGAAUGGGAAAAGUUAAGAAGUACGUGAACGUUUGUGGUAAACACUUCGUAGAGGAAGAUUUCAAGCCACAAUCAGACAGAGCCAAAGGCAAAAUCAAGCGUUUGAAAGAAACUGCGAUACCUUCUCGAAACUUACCUAAAUCAGCUGUGCAGAAAAGUCCAUCGAAUGCUAAGAAAGCUUCAAUUAAGAAUCGGAGUGUUCUAGCUAGUAAACGAUCGUUAUUACUUGAGAGCUUGUUUCAUAAACAUGUCCCCGAAGCACUCAGUAAUGAUUCUACAACGUCAAUUUCACCGAAUAAUAUUGCAUCUCAAGAAGAUGAUUCUGCUGCAGCCGCCAAUAGUGAUGCUGAUAAAUCAGACGAAAAUUUGGAAAAUACAGGCCGCUUGUUGAAGGAUGCGUCUCUGCAAGUGAAUACUCUCAUAGGCAACUAUGGAGUGAAAUUUAUUGAUAUCGUAAGUAAUGAUGAAGCAAUACUGACUUGCACCGGAAUACCAUCGUUUGAAAAAUUUGAACAAAUUUGUGCUGCUGUUGAACUGUUUUGUCAUGAUUUAAACUUGACUUAUGGCCAGCGAAGUUACAAAUUGUGUAUUCGUGAACGAGUAUUACUUACGCUAUAAUGAAGCUGAAAACAAAUAUUCGUAUGUCUGUUCUGAGAGUUUUUUUCAAUAUCACUAAAUCGUAUGCAAUGGAAGUUUUUAUGGCCACUAUCACCAUAUUGUAUGAAAUUUUGAAGGAUUAUAUUUCUUGGCCAGACAGAAACAAUAUCAGAGAAAAUUUACCUCUAGUUUUUCGUCAACAUUUCCCAAAUACUAGAGUGAUAUUAGAUUGUACUGAAGUUAAAAUUCAAAAAUUUCAGUGUUUGAUUUGCCGAACUAGGACAUACUCCCACUAUAAAUCUGCCCAUACUAUUAAGAUAUUGAUUGGAAUUGCCCCUAGCGGGCUCAUAACAUACGUCAGUCCAGUUUUUGGUGGGCGAACUUCGGAUAAAUUUAUAUUUAAUUAUGAUAAUGUAAUUAGCAAAUGUGAGGUGGGAGACGCAAUAAUGGUGGAUAAGGGUUUUUUGAUCAAUGACGAAUGUGUACUGGCUGGAAUUGAAUUAAUACAACCACCCUUCGUUGGAAAACAAGGAAAAUUGAGUGCAGAAGAUUGUAUCAAAAACAAUUUGAUUGCAAAAGCUCGGGUACAUGUUGAGCGAAUUAUGCAGAGAAUAAAAAUUUUCGAUUUUUUGAGACAUGAUAUGCACCUAUCUUAUUUGGAGUGUAUUGAUAAAAUAGUUACUGUGAUAUGUGCGUUGGUAAAUCUCUCGAAUCCGAUUCUUAGUGAUAUUCGUUUCUGAUAUCUUGAUAAAAUUGAACUUUUUAUAAAAUAUUUAUACCUGGUGUACUCCAUUACUAACAGUAAGAUAAUAUUACAUGUGAAUAUAUUUAUUUAUAUAAUUUCUGUUAGUAUGGUGUGCUUCAGAAAUAAUAAUUAUUUCUUCUGAAA